CGCGACACCAACGCCUCCACCUUUCUCCUUGCGGGCUUCCCCGGCCUGGAGCAGCACUAUCCCUGGCUCUCCAUCCCCUUCUCCUGCAUCUACGCCGUGGUGCUCUCCGGGAACUGCCUGGUGCUGCAUGUGAUCCGGACGGAGCCCAGCCUGCACCAGCCCAUGUUCUACUUCCUGGCCAUGCUGGCCGUCACGGACCUGUGCAUGGGGCUGUCCACCGUGCACACGGUGCUGGGCGUCCUGUGGGGGCUCAGCCGGGAGGUCAGCCUGGAUGCUUGCAUCGCCCAGUCCUACUUCAUCCAUGGCCUGUCCUUCGUGGAGUCCUCCGUCCUUCUGGCCAUGGCCUUUGACCGCUACGUUGCCAUUUGCAACCCACUACGCUACUCCUCCAUCCUAACUAAUGACAAAGUCAUGAAAAUUGGGGUGGCGAUCCUAUGCAGGAGUUCCUUACUCAUACCUCCAGUUAUCAUUCGCCUCAAGUUCUUAAACUACUGCCGUCCCCACAUCCUCUCCCACUCCUUCUGCCUGCACCAGGACUUAAUUCGAAUGGCCUGCUCGGACAUCCGCUUCAACAGCGUCUAUGCCUUGGCCCUGGUGCUCUGCACCCUGCUUCUGGAUUCCGUGCUCAUCCUCGUCUCCUACAUCAGGAUCCUGCACUCUGUCCUGGCCAUCGCCUCCCGGGAGGAGCGGCUCAAGUCCUUGCAGACCUGUGUCUCCCACCUCUGCGCCGUCCUGGUUUUCUACAUCCCCGUCAUUGGUCUGACCAUGGUGCACCGCUUUGGGCAGCACCUCUCGCCCGUGGUCCACGUCCUCAUGGGCAACGUCUACAUCAUCGUCCCACCCCUGAUGAACCCCAUCAUCUACAGCGUGAAGACCCAGCAGAUCCGUGGCAGGAUUCGGAGGUGGUUCCCUAAAACAAGCCUGAGCACUCGAGGUUGAUGAGUUUUACGGGAGGGGAGGUAGUAUUUGCAAAGGAAGACCCAACAGAUGUGUGGAAGGAUUCAGAAGUGGGUUUCCAUGAAGAGGGGGCGAGAUGCUUUAGAUCAAAAUGGUGUAAAUAGGUUCUAAGCAGAAAACUUUGGCAAAAAAGGGGAAGGGAUAGAUUUAUUCAAGGCAGUUCAAUAUAAGGCAACUAACCAUUAAGAUUUGAUGUGACAGGCCAUUAGUUCAAAGACUUUGAGUAUCAAGAAUGGUGAAAACCUGUAUUUCUCAAUUCCGGUAUAAUGCUGGAAGUUCUCAUAGUAUACUUGUUCAUCACAGGCUGCUAUUAUUUCUGCCUAGGAAAAAGGACGAUUUACUCUUAUCCAGAAAAAUUUUAUUUCAUAAGAAAUAUCUCCAAGAACGUUAUUCAAACAUAGAUGCUAUAUCUAUCAAUGGAGGCACAGUUUUUUCACCACUUGGUAUG